CUGAGGUUUUAAUUCUUGGCGAGCUCUCAUGGAGAACACUUUGGUCAAUGGAGCCACCUUCUCCCUCGUGAAAAUGAAUACCGCCUUGAUGCUCCCCUUCUUGACACUUUAUUUCUCAGAUAUAUAUGCAAUCUCCCCGAGAAAGGAUCCUGCCUGUAGCUAUUACCAACAGAGAUCAAUAGAUCAUCAACGUCUGUGCUAUUUAAAGGUUCAUCUAAUUUGUGGCUCAGAUGGCAGGACCUACCCCAAUUUCUGUGUGCUUUGCUAUGCUCAAAUUGAAUCUAAUAACAGAAUUCAACUUAAACAUCAUGGAAAAUGCUGACUUGCUCCAUGUGGUUCCUUUAGUUUUACCCUUCCACUAGCCCGUGCCUUCAGAAAAAUGAAACGUCUGCUCAGCGGGAGCCUUACUGAGGUCCUAUCAUCUGUUUUUAUCUUCUUGUCCUAAUAAAGACUA